AAUCAUUAUCAGCGAUGCUUUAUGCAACUUACGCACUUUAUUGAUGUUCAAUUUAUCCCAGCAUCAUAUCUAAAUCCAUAGAUAUAAACGAGCCUGUAUCUAAUGUCAAACAAAUCAAAUUAUGAUUUAUAAAACAUAAACAUUAGGCUGAAUGCUGCAGUGCGCGCGCUUUUUAGUCUCGUUUAGCCGGCCCCAAUUACCACGCGCAAUAUCUCAACCACACACAACACGUGCGGCUCUCGGCGUUGCUGUGCUAAGUAAACCCUGCAACCGAUCUAACUCCACCAUGGCUCCUCAACUGUUUCCUGCUGCUUCCUGUGAGCUGAUCGUAAGGAACGCCCGCUACAUUAGCGUACACGAAGAAGCCAUCGACAAGCUGGCGGAUCGCGUCAUUCGGGGUAUAAAGGACAAGGAAAUUAACAUUGAAAACUUUUCCCAACACGAACACCAUCCGACAGCGAAGGAUCCGCAUGCGGUGAAUUGGAUUUUUCUGAUCGAUACGCUUAACUUUUGCUUCUGGACACCGGGAGCCGAUGCAACGAAGUGGAAGGUCGAGGGCCAAACGGGGUACUUUGCACUGUGUGCCGCUAUUAACCGUGCAAUGCGUGAAGGAAUCGACAUCACAAAUCCGGCAUACUAUUCGAAAAUUACGCUCGAGCAGUUAGAGUCGAUUCUGCGUUCCGACACGGAAGACACGAAAGCGCCACUGCUUGCAUCGAGGGUGGACUGUUUGCACGAGGUUGGCCAGGUGCUGCUCGAACGGUAUGAGGGGAAAUUUGAAAACUGUGUCCGCACCUGUGACGGGUCAGCGGUUAAGCUGCUGCACCGCAUUGUGGAAGACUUUCCCUGCUUCCGGGAUGAAGCCGUACUGAAGCAUGGUGGUGAUGAUGGAGCUUCGCCACUAGAGACACGUGUAUCGUUUUACAAGCGAGCCCAAAUCUUGGUUGGCGAUGUGUGGUCCUGUUUCCGGGGUGAAGGAUUGGGUCGGUUUGAAGAUAUCGAUACUAUAACGAUGUUUGCCGACUAUCGCGUCCCACAGGUGCUGGUACACUUCGGUACGUUAACCUACAGCGACGAAUUGAUGGCAUUACUGAAGGAGGACAAAUUGUUGGAGAAUGGAUGUCGUGAGGAAAUUGAAAUUCGUGGUGCUUCCAUCUACGUGGUGGAACAGUUGAAGGCGAUGGUACGCGAGAAACUGAUUACGAGUCAUCCUGAUAUUGAUCCGAAGUGUGUUAAUGCGAUCUUGUUGGAUCACUUCCUUUGGGACUAUCGUCGGAAGCAUGCUGCUGAACUGGAGUACAUUCCGUUUCACAAGACAAUUAGCGUGUACUAUUGAACCAGCCGGACAGAACCCAUUGCUAAGAUCUGGUUAGCUAAUGAACCUUAAUGCAGCUCAGUGAGUAAUUCUCGAAAUUUGAAAUAGACAGCUAACAAUAAAUCAUGGUGUAAAAAAACUAUCAAAAAUGACUAACACUUAUUAAUUGGCAUUACCUCGGGUUGGGAUUGGUCACAUUUUCGUCGUCUAUCAAUAUUUUAUCAUUAUCCUUCAAGAAGCAUCGGGGCGGGCCUGUGGCAUAUUUGAUAAAUGUCGCCUGUUCCCCGUAGCAUGGACAGAUUAUCCGUCUGCGUGGUAAAAAUAAGUCUUGAUACGGCUUGGCCGUUCGUAAGAAGCAUCAUCAAGCGAUUAUAGUUUGUCGCCCCACAACACAGAAUCGGCCUAUUCGUAAGGUGGGAUUGUGUCGUCCGGUGUCAUUUUCAUGUUGCAAGGAUUCUUAAGGAUCUCCUGUGCUGCGGGUCACAUCCUAUACCAACAUACUGAACAGGAUCGGGGUCACUUCUACGGAAAUUGACAAGGGGAUUCCCAUCUAAUUUCUUCAGAGACUGGAAUUUGAUCACUCUAAUUCUAGUAAACUGAGCAGAAAAUGCAAAGUUUGAUCAAAAGGAAGAUCACGAUGAUGGUCGGUUUUACAUUUAAUUGAGGUAUACUCACCUGAUCCAUCUACAGCAUAUUCCAGCUCCAGAUUUGC